AUGGAGAAGCUUUUUGUGCUCGUCCUCUUCCUUACCUUACUGACUUGCUUCACAGGGUCCUCCCCGAUUCUGACGGAAAAGCAGGCCAAGCAGCUCCUCAGGUCCCGACGCCAGGACAGGCCCAGCAAACCCGGCUUCCCUGACGAGCCCAUGCGGGAAUACAUGCACCAUCUGCUUCACCUGGAGCACCGUGCCGAGGAGCAGUUCCUGGAGCACUGGCUGAACCCUCACUGCAAGCCCCACUGUGACAGGAACGUGGUCCAUCCCGUGUGAGGGGCUCCGGGCCAGCAUCCGCAAGCCAUCUGAUAAGCAUCGACCUGGCUACUGUCAAAACGGGAUAAGGCUCCCUCUUGCAUGUGUUUUUCAGCCGUGGAAAUGGAUGUGUUCAGACCCUGUGAGCUCCAGGUGUGGCCAAGUCUGCCUUGGGGACUGAUGGCAAAUACAUAUAUGCUGCUUCAUUUUACUAACCUGUGUCACUCAUUAAAGCCAAUAGCUUAAAGUAUAACCCCCCUCCCCACUUGACCUUCCUACAGGUUUGAUGAGGGGGCAGGCGGGAAGCUCAGCU